UAAAUGUAGGGGAGAGUAGGGUAAUGGGAGUCAGCGGGCAAUGGGAGUCACCCACACCACCACGAAACCAAACAUGAGACCGACGCGUAAACAGCUUCCUCACCCCCCGCUUCGGGCCCCCGCGCAGCCACGAACGGCUCGUGCCAGUCCGCGCUCGCGCCACUGAGAGACGACCGUGUUUUGUUUUUGCGCUCCGCUGAUGUAAUUUUUCGUAAAUGCAAAUUAGAAGAUGCCGAAAGUACGCGUCAGGACAACUGAAAAGGCUUCCUGGUCUCCUGAUAGCCUAAAUAAAGCUAUACGACUCAUUGAUGGCGGUUCUUCUAUAAGAAAUGCUGCUAAAGUAAUGGGAAUCCCUUUUUCAAGCCUUCAGAAGAGGAUAAAAAAAGGUUCUACCUUAGCACCACAUCUAGGACGAUUCACUGUCUUUAGUCGUGAGCAAGAAGCCGAGCUAGCAAACUUGGUGAAGAAAAUGGCAAAUAUUUUCUACGGUUGUACUGCUAAUCAAAUCAGAAGAGUCGCUUUCGAAUAUGCUGAAAAAUUAAAUGUGAAGCAUAAUUUUAAUCAAGCUUCAAAAAUGGCUGGACGCGAUUGGUUGCAUGCUUUUAUGGCUAGAAAUAACAUUUCUAUUAGAAAACCGGAAGCGACCAGCAUAAACAGAAUCACGGCCUUUAAUAAAACAGAGGUAAGUCUGUUCUUUGAGCUACUUGGGCAGCUGAUGGAAAAACACAAAUUCGUCCAAAAAAAUAUUUAUAAUUGCGAUGAAACCGGUAUUUCAACGGUUCAAACACCGGGAAAAAUUUUAGCUGCAAAAGGACAGAAGAGAGUAGGAUCUAUUACCAGUUGGGAGAGAGGAAAAAACAUCACCUUGUUGUGUGCUAUGAGCAGUGCUGGGGGGUACAUUCCACCUAUGUUUAUCUUCCCUAGAAAAAGGAUGACUCCACUACUUGAGAAGGAUGGUCCAGCAGGCGCGCUUUACAAAUGUUCAGACAACGGAUGGAUCAACGAACAUCUCUUUCUUGAAUGGUUGGCGCAUUUUAAACAGCACGCUAAACCGUCUGCAGAUGAACCCAUCCUUUUAAUACUAGACAACCAUGCUAGUCACAUUUCUCUUUCCGUCUACGAAUAUUGCAAGUCCAAUCACAUUCAUAUGUUGUCUCUUCCACCACACACGUCUCAUAGAAUGCAGCCUCUUGACGUUUCUUUUUUUGGCCCUCUCAAAAUGGCGUACAAAAAAGAAUGUGACUUGUUUUUGAAAAGCCAUCUAGCAGAAAAGAUAACCCCUUACGACGUAGCGUCCUUGGUGAGGAAAGCAUUUAAUAAUGUUGCUUCUAUUAGUAAAGGAGAAUCGGGGUUUAGAUCAACUGGAAUAUUUCCACUAAAUCCGGAGGUAUUCACAGAAGAAGAUUUUCUCGCUGCAGAAACUCUCCAAUCUGAGACCGUUGUAAUCGAAGACUGCAAUGAAUCUCUCGCAGCUGCCUGUGUGAUUCCCAGUACAUCAAAAGAAGACUCGCCAGUUCCGAGCACGUCAACACAAAUUGUUUCACUAGAUCUUAUGAUGUCUAACCAAGAAGUCCCACUUGAUUCUGAAUCAGAUGUUGUACCACAAGUUCCUGGCACGUCUAAUCAAUCUAGUGUAUUGCAUGAUUUAAUAAAAAUGCCCGAGAAAGCAUCUGUUAUUAAAACAAGACAGGGCCGAAAGAAGCAACACGCUACAAUUUUAACUUCAACGCCACAAAAAGAAAAUCUGUUAGAAAAGGAAAUUAAUAAAAUGAAGAAAAAAGGAGGUAAAGAAAAAGAGAAAACAUGGAAAGGUAAAGGACAAGGAAAAAAGACUAAAGUACAGAAGAAGGGUCCUGAAAAGGCAAAGCGCCAAGUAUUACAAGAACAGAACGAAACUUCUGUAUCAGAUGUUGGCACUGACGACUUAUGCCAGGACGAUGAGGAUGAUGACGCAGAAGAUGCUGGGAACAGAUGCCUAGUAUGCGACGAAUUCGGAAGAAACAACGAGAUGUGGUACAGGUGUACCUCGUGUGGACUAUGGGCUCACGCGGAGUGCACUGGAUGGGAGUCAGCUGAAGGUUAUGUUUGCGACGUAUGCUAGAUUUUAUUUGACUCCAAUUGCCCCCAGGGUGAUCACCAUUACCCCUACGUUGGUGUAAUGGGAGUCAAAUCUGUUUUUUUUUUUAACUCUUAUAAUUUCCAAAGUUGACUGCCAAAGUGACUGAAAUUGAUUUCUAAUGAUAGUUUAAUAAGCAAAUUAUGAUAGUACGCAGUUAUAAUAAAUACUUUCUUUUUAAUUAAAA